AACUAUAUAGCCAAGUGCCUUCUCAAAUUCAACAUGAAGAUACUCGCAGUUUUCGUGGCGAUUGUCAUUGUUCUGGCAGCCCAGCCAGCUCAGCUAAAAGGAGCUCCAUACAAUGAAGAAGCUGUCGCGAAGCUGCAAGGUUUGUGUGCACCCCCUUUCAUAAUGACCGGCUGUGGUGGUUGGAAAGAGAAAGAGGCCAAGCAGGCUGAGCUGCAAGGCACACAUGAAGAAGCUGUCGCGAAGCUGAUGACAUUCUUUGAAGCUCUAGCUAUGGUCGAGGGUAAAGAUGAUGUUAGCCUACAAAGCAGUGGGUUCAGGACAAUCGGGUGUCAUCAAGACUUUCUCUCAAUUAACCCUUCGCUACACAAGUUGCAGCAAUAUGGGAAUCAAUUUGACAUUGAGGUGUCCUGUGUGAAACAUCCUGGUAGCUGGGCAACAUGCACACGAGUUACACUGAGGAAAGCUUACGACACCUUCGUAGAUCUCUGUGACAUUGGUGGACUUUGUAGGCGUGGUACAAGUGCUCGACUCUUUCAGGGGACGCAAGACUACAGUGGAGCUACACAAGAAAGAGUGUCUAUUCCGAUUGGCGAGGGUGGUAGCCAAAUAAUGCAAGCCGACAUCUUCUACAAGAUUGUAGGUGGAAAGCUAGUCUAUUUGGCUGUUGAAAAUUUCAGUGGACCACAAUGCCCAUAUUGAAAUUUGAAAGCUGCAUGACCGAACUUGAUUGAGAACAACUGUAGCCUUAAAUUAUAGCGAAAUCAAACUAUAGAGAUGCUUAGAAAAAUUAUAGUUUAGCAAGUACCGUGUAUACGUAGAGACUUGGAUUUAAUUAUAAUCAUGUUAAUCA